AUGAAUACAAACGAUAUCUCAAAUUUUGAUUUUUUAUAUAUAAUAGGAAAAGGCACAUAUGGAAUAGUAUAUAAAGCAUUAGAUAAAAAGGAAAAUAGCUACGUAGCAAUAAAAAAAAUAAAGAACUUAUGUGAUGAAAACUAUGGAAUAAGCAAAAGUAUUCUAAGGGAGUUAACAAUACUUCAAAAAAUAAAGCAUAAAAAUAUAAUUAAUUUAAAAUAUGUUUUCUAUGGAAAGGACAUAGAAGAAAAAUUGAAGGGAGAAAAUUUAGAGAAUUCUUGUUUAUAUUUAACAUUCGAAUAUUGUGACAUCGAUUUAUUGAAUUAUACAAAGAAAUAUAAUUUGAAUAUAAAAGAAAUAAAGUAUAUAAUAUUUGAAUUGCUAUUAGCUAUAAGUUAUUUGCAUUCUAAUAAUUAUAUACAUAGAGAUAUAAAACCAGAGAAUAUUUUUAUAAAUUCCAAUGGAGUAAUUAAACUAGGUGAUUUAGGUAUGUCUGUUGAAAAAAAUAAUCACAUGACACCAACAGUUGUAACUCUUUGGUACAGAGCUCCUGAAAAUUUAUUAAAAUCAAAAAAUUAUGAUCAGAAAGUAGACAUUUGGAGUUUAGGUUGUCUAUUUGUUGAAUUAAUAACAGGAAGACCCCUAUUUCCAGGAAAGAAUGAUUAUUCUCAACUUGAAUUAAUUUAUUUAACUCUUGGAGAUAAAAGUAAAAUAUCACCAGAAGAUGUAAAUAGGUUUAAUAUGUUUCCAUAUUUUGAAAAAAAUAUAUUAAAGAGUACAAUUCCUGAAGAAUCUACAGUUGAUUUAAUCUCAAAAAUGUUAAUUUAUGACCCUAUUUACAGGAUAUCAUCAAAAGAAGCCUUAAAGCAUAGUUGUUUCAAUGACAUUGAAAAAAUAAAUUUUUUUUGUAAUUUUUAA